GCCGUGCUCUCGCUCCUUGCCCCAUUCCCCGCCCCUUCCGUGUGGGCCCGGGCCGCACCCUGUCACGGGGAAGGUCUCCCCGGGAACGGGUUUCCGGCUCCAGCAGCUCAGGCUCAGGCCCAGGCCCAGGCCCGGGGAUGUGCGGCUCUAACCGGUUCCACAGGCUGCUCCUGGCGGUGCUCGGCGCCGUGCUCACGGGCAGUUCUGCUGUGCCAGUCAUCGGGGGGAUCUUCUUCCUGUUUACUGACAGGAGAUACCAACAUUUCAUUGGAAAUGAUUAUCUUCUGCUGCCAGCCGGCCUCAGCUUUGCAGUUGCUGCAUUGCUCGCCCUCACCGGGAUAAUUGGAAUGUUCUUCAUCAUCAACCAGAGUCGUUGCCGACAGGGAACAUUCCUGUACUUAAUCCUGAUUCUGUUUAUUCUGGAAGUCACGACAGGGACCCUCGGAUACAUCAACAGUGUUCAAGUAGACACUACUGACCUGGAUCAUUUUAAUGAGAUCUUCAGGAACUAUACUGGUAACAACCCCACGUUCGAGAGUAGAGCAGUGGACCGGCUACAGCAGCAGAGUCAGUGUUGUGGAGUGAAGAAUUACACCGACUGGACUCAGUUUCCGUGGUUCAUUCACAGCGGGAAUAACAGUGUUCCUGUCAGCUGCUGUGCCAGGAAUCUUACAAUCUGUACCGGGGAUAUCGAGGAGCCAGAACUGCUUUAUACAGAGGGCUGCCUCUACACCCUUCGUGAUGAGCUUCGAUGGAUAUUCCUGUUCACGUUAGCCUGGGUUAUUCCUGUGUGCUUUUUACAGAGCCUGGGAGCACUGAUCAUCUGUCUGCAGACGAACUCUGAUCCUACUCAAUACCAGCUUUUAAAUACUGACAACUUCUCCUAGUACAGGACGGUUGCUGAUUGUCACUUAAUCCAUGCAAAUAAAAUCAAACAAACCUUGAAUAUCAAACAGCACCAUGCACAAAUAGGAAACACUUAUUUACUAAUUGUUUGAAAGAGACAGUGCCACUUCUUCACCCAUUGAAUCAACCUCUCUAGUUCAACAUUCUACUCCCCCAACCAGUAAGGAAGCCUCCAAAUCCAGUCACUUCUGUCAUCCAGUCACAUUCCCAUGUUUUGUGAGACUCCCCUCAUCUUUAUCACCACCCCCCCACCCCAUGCUGGAAAGUGACCCCCACUGAAACUGCACAAGAAAUGCAGUUUUCAACUAAUUCACCUGAGCACCCAGAAUUCUGUAAUCUGUUUGUCUAAAACUAGAACAAGCUACCUCAUGGCACAGUACUUUUACACAAGCUAGCAGCUAUGACCUGUGGAUAUUAGGUGGUAUCAUCGCUUGGCUUAAUGUAACAUGUAUUUUCAUUUCAAACUAAGCAGCGAAUAAAAAUGUACAUUUUAACUGA